AUGGCGGACACCACUCCUCAGGGCGAGGGUUUCAUGUCCGAAACCUUUUCGGUCCGAGUCUCAGAGAAUGCAGCCCUUCAAAACGUUCUCUGUCGCUGGCAAAGAUGCGGAACUGCACUGAGUGAAUACUUCCACGCCAUUGACCUCCUCAUUAGCGUAAACGCCCCACAGACCGAGCAGUCUGAACAUGCCAACUACCCCGAAGCCAAAGGAACCGUACUGGAAACUCUAGUGCGGCAAGCCUGCAAUAUCGUCGACGGAGAUGCCCUGCAAACCGACAUCGUCGUAAAGGUGAUCCUCGCACCCAGAGCCGGAUACAUAUGUCGAAGCGACAUUCUCGACCUCAGAAUGCGCCACUCGGAGUUCGUCUCCGCUGUGAUCCCAUUCACGACCUGGCGAGACUAUCUCCCCAGGUUGAGUGAAGAAGACAGCAUCCUCCCGCUCCUCCGCUCAUCGCCCGGCGCACUGCUAGUCAAGCAGUCGACGCACCACUCCUCCUCCGAGACCCUGCACCUGCUCCAAGACGACCUCGCCAUGCGGCUAUCCUUCCCGUGGACACUCCCCACCCAAUCCAAGCCGCGCAGGGUAGCCGUCGUUGGCGGACGGGGCAUGUACGACGUCCACGGCAAAACAUACGGGUCGCAGGGGUUCUUCGAGGCGGCGCACGCGCUGGGAGUGUCGCUGAUCGUCCUCGACGAGCGGGACCACUGGCUCGCGGGCGAGACUUACGCGCAUCUCCGCGAGGAGUUCAUCGCGCUCGACCUCUCCGCGCGCGCGAACCUCCCCGACCGCAUCGCAGCGGCCGUCCGCGGCAGAGCGAUCGACGGGAUCGUCACCUUCACCGACGAAUACGUCGUGACGACGGCCGAGGCCGCCGAGAUUCUGGGGUUGCCGACCGAGCCGGCGCCGGUGAUGCGGCAGGCGCACCACAAGCACGAGAUGCGGCGGUUGCUGCUGUCCAUCCACGACGACGACGAGGCCAAUAACAAAGUCCAGGCGGUCCGCCUCCACAGCGCCACCCAACUCGACCACCCUCCCCCCGCCCUCGCCAAACAACUCGCCUCACUCCAGUACCCACUGGUCGUCAAGCCCUGCCGGGGCCAGUUCUCCACCGGAGUGAAGAAGGUCUCCGACGAGGCCAGCCUCCGCCAAGCGGUCGCAAUGCUAGGGCAAGAUAACCGGCUUGCCGAGCAAGGCAUCAUGCUGGAAACGUACAUCUCGGGGCCGGAACUGGACGCGAACUUCGUCCUCGUGGACGGGGCGGUGCUCUUCCUCGAGGUGACGGACAACUUCCCGUGCUCGGGCGACGAUAGAUCUGCGACGCUGGCGGCUAACUUCGCCGAGACGCUGCAGAUAUCCAACACGCGGUUCCCGGCCCGGGAGGUCGAGGCGAUCCGCGAGAAGCUCAGCCAGAGUCUGCGGGCGUUGGGCUUCCGGUCGGGGGUGUUCCACGUCGAGGCGCGCAUGCGGAAUUCCGCCGUGUGGUAUGAACGGGUGGAUGUGCGCGACGGCGAUGGCAAGGUUGGUGGCAGCAUCAUGGAUCUCGUUGCAGCGGGAGAAUCCGAGCUCACGCCCCCACCGUCACCCCCCGCCCCCCAGCCCGACCCCUUCCUCAUCGAGGUCAACGUCCGUCCCCCGGGCACCGGAGGCACCUGGUCCACUCUAUAUACGUACGGGGUGGACCUCGGCGCCCUCCAUCUCCUGCGCGCGCUGAACGACCGCGACCGCUUCUGCGCGCUGUCGAGCCCGUUUCUCUUCCCCGGGGGCCAUCAUCCCGGCGACGGCGGGGGCGCGCAGUACUGGAAUGCGCACUGCAUGGUCCCGGUGCAUCGCGACUGGGUGAGGGUGCCGGGGGACUUCUUUGAACAGGUGUACGAGGCGAUGCCCGAGAUCGUGCCGCAUGUGUCACGGGCGGAGCUGUCGGUCGAACCAGGAACACUGGUUCCUUCGGAUGGUGAGAUUCCGUGGAUUGGGUAUCUGUUGAUGCAUUCGAGGGUCAGUCGACGGCAUUUGCUGGAGAUGUAUGCGCGGUUUGCGGGGGCUUGUAGGCGGGUUUUGGACGCUGCGAGUGGGGAUGAUCUUGUCUCUUAG